AUGACUCCACCAACAUUAUUCAAACCUAUUUCUAGCGUAGAAGUAUCAGAUGAGCAGGCGCAAAUAUUAGUAUCUGCCUUUUUGGAUAGCUACACAGAGCCAACACCAACAAAAGCUGCACUCGAAAGACUGAGAGCUGGUUUAAAGGGUGAGGAUGCACCAGUAGAAGAAACAGCAGAAAAUGCAGAAGAAAUGGCAGAAUAGAUUACUUUAUCGUUAGAAUGUAUUAUAUGUAAUUAAUAGAUAUAC